AUGGCCACUACGACUAUGCCGCCGGCUCCGGAUCUAGGAUUCUUAUUGGAAAGCCUGACGCUUGAUGAGAAGCUUCAGUUGAUUGCAGGGCAAUCUCAAUGGCGGACUGCUAAGAUUGAUCGUCUCGGAAUUCCGUCUUUGAAAAUCUCAGACGGCCCAUCAGGAGCACGAGGAGAAGUCUUCGGAGAAGGAGUCCCCGCGGCAUUUCUUCCAUCGGGCGUGAGUCUAGGGGCAACCUGGGAUAGGGAUCUAUUAUUUGAGAUUGCUCAACUCCUGGCAGAUGAGUGCAAAUCCAAGUCCACAUCUGUUCUUCUCGCUCCGACAAUCUGCAUUCAUCGACACAUACUCGGCGGUCGCAAUUUUGAGUCAUUUAGCGAGGAUCCCUUCCUCACGGGAAAGUUGGCUAUCUCUUAUGUGCAGGGUCUUCAGUCCUGUGGAGUCGGUGCCACGCCGAAGCACUUUGUUGCCAAUGAUCAGGAAACGAAACGAUUCAAAUAUAAUGCCAAAGUCCCUACACGCGCAUUACGGGAGGUCUAUCUCCUGCCCUUCCAGAUGGUAGUUCGCGAGGCAGAUCCUUGGUGCAUGAUGACCGCGUAUAAUCGGGUUAAUGGCCACUAUUGCGACGCUUCCAAAGAGCUCCUCAUUGAUAUCGCUCGAGGCGAAUGGGGCUGGGAUGGAUUGUUCAUGAGCGAUUGGGGUGGCACUACAUCCACUAUCGAGUCUAUCAACAACGGGCUGGAUUUGGAGAUGCCAGGCCCUCCAUCCAAGCGCUCUCGGGAAGCCCUCGACCAGCCCAUCCGCGAAGGGAAGAUCGGUCUUGACCGCGUUUCACAAUCUGCUAGUCGUUUGUUACGACUUUUAAAGAAGACUGGCCGUUUUUCGGAUCCAACAGAUGAUCCGGAAGUCUGCAUUGACAACCCGGAAAAAAGAGCUCUGUUGCUUCGAGCCGCGAGUGAGGGUAUCGUGAUGCUCAAGAACGAGGAUAAAGCCCUUCCUAUUUGUCCUGCUGAGAACAUCAAUAAAUUGGCAAUCCUGGGUCCUAACGCCGAAAGAAUUGUGGCUGGCGGAGGUGGGAGCUCCUAUAUCAAAGCUCCAUACUGGACAUCCAUCCAAGGCUCCCUCAAGCAAGCCUUCAAAGAUAGCGACACGGAGAUUCUCACUGCAGAAGGAGCCAAGGUGAAUCGCUAUCUUCCUGUUUGUAUGAUUGCAAAGGACCCAGAUACAGGUGCCUCUGGCGCAGCGAUCGACUGGUACAACAGUCAAGAUUGGACAGGCAGUCCCGCUGCGACAACCCAUAUUGAUGACUUGUACUAUAUGUCUUUCGGCACUACCCCUCCUGAAGUCCAUGAUCCAACCUCCUUCUUUUUCCGGAUUCGCGCCACUAUCAAACCACAUACAUCUGGCCACCAUGCACUCUCACUAGCCUCUAUCGGACCCGCCGAGCUCUACUUGAACGGCCGUCGACUACUCGAACAAUCCGGAGACUUUGAAGAGAAAGGCAGUCUCUUCUUCACCUAUGGCAGUGAAGAGGCGAUAACCUCAACGGACUUUGUAGCCGGGUUGGAGUAUCAAGUUGAGAUUCGCUACCAAGCCCACGGCCGACAACACAAUCCAAAGCUAAACCCUUUGAUGGACCCUAUGGAAGAUCAAUUCCAAGGUAUCCGGUUUGGCUUCGAAGAAGCUGAUAGCUCAGAUCGACCUGCUGAAGCAGCCGUGCUAGCCUCUGACUGCGAUGCCGCUAUUGUGGUUGUCGGUCGUGACAAAGAAUGGGAGAGUGAGGGCCAGGAUAUACUAUCCUUUAAUCUUCCCGGCGAGCAAGUGAGACUCAUUCGUGAAGUGGCAGCAGUCUGCAAGCGGACUAUUGUGGUUGUCCAAGCGGGUACACCCGUGAACAUGGAGCCAUGGAUCCAUGAUGUACAAGCUGUUCUUUAUACCUGGUAUCAAGGACAAGAACUAGGCAAUGCCGCAGCUGCAGUGAUUUGUGGCAUAGUCAAUCCGUCUGGUCGUUUACCUGUCACUUUUCCCAGACGUAUAGAAGACUGCCCUGCAUUCUCAUCUUUCCCCGGCGAAGCAAAUGAGAUUGAAUAUACCGAAGGCUUGUUCGUUGGCUACCGGUGGUGGGAUCUACUCAAGAUCGAACCUCUGUUUCCAUUGGGAUUUGGACUCUCUUACAACGAGUUUGUGAUCACCCCUGGCUCGAUAAAUACGCUCUCUUUGACCUCUCUCGCAUCUUCACUGGUAGCCACAGUCCAUGUGACCAACAAUGGAGGUAGUAACGUACCAGGACGCGAAACUGUCAUUGCAUGGUUCUCGCAGUGCAAUCCUACGAGACUGAAGCGUCCGCGCAAGCAAAUUUGUGCCUUUGCCAAGUCCCGUCCGCUACUUCCGGGGCAAUCUGAUGGAAUUCAGCUUCACAUAGAUCCCCAUGCCUUCGGAAUGUUCGACCCCGUUCGGCAUGAGUGGGUAAUUGAUGCCCAUGUAGAGCUGGAGAUCAUGGUGGGGACGACAGCGUCAAACGCUACGUCAGUUUGGCGGGUGACUGCAGCUAAUGAGAUUGUAUGGUUACGCUAG